UUUCCUACCUAUAAAUAAGUUCCCUUCCACCCCCAUCAUUCUCGGUUUUAAGAGAAAACCAAAUACACACACACAGAGAGAAACACAUUUCAAAUAUCAUCGAGAAGCUUCUAAAAAUGGUGAAUCAGAAAACGAACAACACUAGUCUCAAGUUCCUCUGCAGUUACGGCGGCAGAAUCCUCCCUCGUUCUCUCGACGGAAACCUCCGUUACUUCGGCGGUUUCACCAGAGUACUCUCCGUUCAUCACUCCAUCUCUUUCACAGAGCUGAUGGUGAAAUUGGAGGAGUUCUGUGGAUACGCCGUCGAAUUGAAAUGUCAAUUACCAAACGGAGAUCUCGAGACGCUGAUCUCAAUCAGAACAGACGAAGAUCUGGCGAAUAUCGUUGAAGAAUACGAUCGUUUACACGGAGGCAAGAUCCGUGCGAUUUUAUCGCCUCCGAAGCAGAUCUCCUCGCCACGAUCUAGCGGAGAUCUAUCGCCGAAAUCGCCGUUAUUCUCCGUCGUCGCUUCUCCUUCACCGCCGCGGUACUGUUUGGCUCCUCCGGCGGAGACUCUUCUCAGUCGAUUUCGUAUGAGGACUGGCGAAUAUACUCCUUGCUGUAACUGCCGAGUUCACAACAGAGACGCUAAUCUCAUCUGGCAAUAACGUUGACGGCGAAUAAAAUCAGAAAAAUAAAAAAUAAUUGUGGGAAAGAAAAAAAAAACGAAGUUUUAGGGUUUUUAAAAUGUUGAUGAUGUGUUGUUGUUUGAGAAGAGAAGAAUUAUGGAAAAUUAGUGAAAAUUUUGGGGUGAAACAAAUCGGAGAAGAUGAAGGCAAGUAAAAUUACCGGCGAACCGUUAACUUUGCCGUUAAGAUAUGUGAGGAAAGAACGUACGACGUCAGUUUUAUUCGAUACGUGGUACGUUGCGACCGUUCCAGACGUGAAACGUGUCGUACUCAGAUGCGUGUACACGUGUGUAUCGCGUUGAUCAGUGGAUGUGUUUCCUUACACGUGUACUUCUGCUAGAGUUUCUUUAAUUUUGUUUCCUCGGAAGAGUUUUUUUUUUUUGUACUUUUGUUAACGUUCAUUUUGUUUUUGUUUGUAAAUUAAUUUGGUUUUUUUGUCUUUACUUUUUGUAUCUCUCUUAGUCAGGAUGACAUAUAUCCAACUCAGUUUGAUACUUUUAAUA